UGUCUUGUCUGUCACAGUGAACGAAGCGAAGACACGAACCUUUCCAAUGUGAAUUAAAUAAAAUUUUAAACUAAACAACCAAAGAUAAGGUUAUAAUGGCAAAGUAUAGAGGAGCUAGUGAUGCUGUACAUUUGUAUUUAAAUGAGAUUCAGUGCUCGUUGGUGGCAAAGACUGGGAUACCAUCAGAUAGAUAUCAUCUUGGGAAGCUUACGUUAGAGGCUUUCAGAGAUACGCCCGAAACUGUUUUGCAGAUCGAUGGAGGGACUGGUGAAUCAGAAACUUUUGGUUCAGCACUUGAGAGAACGGUGAAAUGCGCAAACGCAUUUAGGAAACUUGGUCUCCAGCCAAACGAUGUGAUAAUCCUGAUGGCCCCUCACCACAUACACCUCUCGAUACCAAUGUACGCAGCGUUCUAUGUCGGUGUUGUUGUCGCUGGUAUCGAUAUGUACCUGGGAGUAAAUGAACUCCAAGACACCUAUCGAGACAGCCAACCAAAAAUAGUAUUCUGUCAGAAUGAUAGAGUACAAGAUGUCAAAAAAGCUUUAGACGCAUUGAAGAUGUCAUGCGAAGUGGUUACAUUCGAUAAAGGUCCAGAUUAUGAUAAUUUUGACAGUUUUCUAGAAAAACAUGGUGGUGGCACUUCGGCACAAGAUUUUCGGGCUUCUGAAUUCGACCCUGAAAAGACCCCGUCAAUGCUCAUUGCUACCAGCGGAACUACUGGACUUCCGAAGCUAGCCGAAAUUACACAUAGAAACCUUAUCCAAGGUUUCACCUAUUUGUGGUCAUUCUUCGACAACUUCCCUAAUCCUACAAGAUUGCCAUUGAUAAUGUCGCCAGUUCAAUGGUUUUCUGCAAUAUUUGUGAUGACGUCAUCGCCCUUAUUCAGACAGACCCGACUCCAAACCUCUUUGACUUUCACUCAAGAGCACGCGUAUGAAUUAAUUAACAAGUAUAAGCCUACAUUUGCGACUUCAAGCUCAAGUAUGUGGGUUACACUAUUCAAGCCUGAACAGCAUCAAAAGUGUAACUUUUCUAGCUUGGAAGUUAUAUUGAUUGGGGGCAGCGCUAUGCACCCAACACUGUUGCAAUACAUGAAGAAUAUUAUACCCAAUACUACUAUAGUAAACAUGUAUGGGAUGAGUGAGUGUUCUGGUCCAGGAUUUCUCCCCGAUCCGUAUGUACCUGAAUCUAUAGGAAGACCGAUUCCGUACCUGAAGCACAGGUUAGUAAAUCCAGAAACUUUGGCAGAGAUAACGGAACCAAAUAAACCGGGAGAACUCUGGAUCAAAGGACCUUCUAUUUUUAAGUGUUAUCGCAAUAAUCCGAAGGUAACCAAGGACGCUUUGACUGAUGAUGGCUGGCUUCGAUCGGGAGAUAUUAUGUAUCGAGACGAAAAGUGGUACUUCUAUUUUGUGGAGAGGCUCAAGUUAUUACUCAAGUACAGAAAUCAUCAAAUCUCUCCCACCGAAAUAGAGGCAGUAAUAAAGAAACAUCCCGGAGUAUUUGAAGUCGCUGUAACCGGGAUACCUCACGAAGAGCACGGAGACCUGCCUAUAGCAUGCGUCGUGCUCCAUGAUGGAGGUAACGUGGAUGAACAAGAGAUUAAGGACUUGGUGAAAAAUUCAUUAACUGAUACAAAACAAUUAAGAGGUGGGGUUCUGUUCUUAAAGCAACUGCCGAUGACUCCAUCAAUGAAGGUCAACAGAACGAAACUAGCAAAGCUUGCUCGCGAAAUGGUACAAGUGGAAUAAAUGACUUGAAUUUGAUAUCUAUUAAUUUACAUAAUUUAGAACGAAUAAAGUUUUUAUGAAUUAAAUAUAA